CUUCCUGCUGCCGGCGCGGGGGCGGCGGCGCUGGCGCGGCGGGGCCGGGGCAUCGCGGGCCCGGGCGCCUCCUCCCCUUUGCUCUCCUCUGCUCCCCAUGGCCGGCAACUUCUGGCAGAGCUCGCACUACUUGCAAUGGAUUUUGGAUAAGCAGGACCUGCUGAAGGAGCGCCAGAAAGACUUGAAAUUUCUGACUGAAGAAGAGUAUUGGAAGCUGCAGAUAUUUUUUACUAAUGUCAUCCAGGCUUUAGGUGAACAUCUUAAAUUAAGACAACAAGUUAUUGCCACUGCCACAGUCUACUUCAAGAGAUUCUAUGCCAGAUAUUCCCUAAAAAGUAUAGAUCCAGUAUUAAUGGCUCCUACCUGUGUGUUUUUGGCAUCCAAAGUAGAGGAAUUUGGUGUGGUUUCAAACACAAGAUUGAUUUCUGCUGCUACUUCUGUAUUGAAAACUAGGUUCUCAUAUGCCUUCCCCAAGGAGUUCCCCUAUAGGAUGAACCAUAUACUAGAAUGUGAAUUCUAUCUCUUAGAGCUAAUGGACUGCUGUUUGAUAGUCUAUCAUCCCUACAGACCUUUGCUCCAGUACGUGCAAGAUAUGGGCCAAGAAGACAUGCUGCUACCUCUGGCAUGGAGGAUAGUGAAUGACACAUACAGGACUGAUCUUUGUCUGCUGUACCCUCCUUUCAUGAUAGCUCUAGCUUGCCUACACGUGGCCUGUGUUGUCCAGCAGAAGGAUGCGAGGCAGUGGUUUGCUGAGCUGUCUGUUGACAUGGAAAAGAUUUUAGAAAUAAUCAGGGUGAUUCUGAAGCUGUAUGAGCAGUGGAAGAACUUUGAUGAGAGGAAGGAGAUGGCUACUAUUCUCAGUAAAAUGCCUAAACCAAAACCACCUCCAAACAGUGAAGGAGAACAGGGUCCAAAUGGUAGCCAGAACUCUAGCUACAGCCAAUCUUAAGACAUUCCAAAGAACUUCUUUAUGGACCACUUUGCCUCCAGACCCCCUGGGCUCCUCGCUGUGUUCAGGACACGGACAGAAGGCUUUCAAUGACACCUUGGACAAAGAACCUGAAGAAGCAGCAGCUUGUUUGUCUCAAGCCUUUGGAAAGCUUGUUCUCCAAACCUGCAUCAUUUUCUCUGAGGCUGGAGCAAAUGUGCUAAGAUUUGUAAUUUUUUUUUCAGUGUAAGGAAUCCAACCUCAAACCAAGCUGCAGAAAAUGAACUCUGUCCACUCAAACCCCCAACCCACCCUCCCCCAAGAAAAA